AUACCGAAACCGUCAAAAAGAUUCCUUCAAGAGUGUGAACAGCAAAAAGGGUUCUUCAAACAAAAAUAGCACAGUAAAGGGAAAGGAAGAUGCCAAGAAGGAAAAGUCGGAUAGCAAAAAUCAGAGAAAAAGAGAGCAGAAACACAAUGAUUCCCAGAUCAAGGAGGAAGAUCCCUCUAUUACACGAGAUAGAAUUCUCGAUCUUCUGUAUACGAACAUGUCGAUUACAUCGUCAAAUGCUCCGAAGUCGUCUAAAUCUAAAGACAAUGAGAAUGGAAAGGAAACGAAAGAUAGUAAUGAAAAUAAGAAAAAAGAUAGAAAAAUCAACGGAGGAAGCAAGUCGUUCGAUGAACUCGAGGAUGAAGGAGAAUCUGAUAGGGAAACAGGUAGCAUUGAUGUUGGAGGGUAUGGCACCAAGCGUGAUGGUCGGAACGAAAAAGAUUACAGGGCUGCCCUCAAGCGUCGUAUGGUGGCGUACAGAUGGCUCAUAACUGUAAAGCAAACUAGGAAGAUUUCUGCAGAUGUUGACAUAAAACUAAUACUAGCGGGGAAAGUUGUACUACCGGAAGAGAUUCUUCGUGACAAACCUAAAAAUAUUGAUUUCGAGCGACUGAAGUGGGAUACCAUCGCUUUUGAAGAAAAUGAAAUCAAUAAAACAGGUGCCGAACUUUUGGAAAAUUUAUAAAAAUUUGAUGCUCGUUCUCCGCAAGAGGUCAUGACAAGAAACGGACGAUACCAACAUUCGCAAUUCGCAAUUGAACUGAGAGAAAUUUCAAGAGUAUGGCAAACACUGCACGCCAGAUUAUUAAUAACAGACUUAAUGCACUUUUUAAUGGCAACUCGGCCAAAA